UGUUCGCCACCGGCCCCUGCGCUGAGAGAGAGGGCAUCAUCAAAACAGUGGCACACAGCUAGCUUACUCCGGCUGACUACCGAGAGAGGACGUUAGAAAUUUAGCGGUUAAAAUUCACAAACAAAAACAAGAGAGACGAGAGGAGUCUGCAUGCCAAGGAGCUGAGGAGAGCCGAGCAUCCAUCCUCGCAUCAGCAGGAGCACUCAUAGUAGUAGCGGGAGCAGAUUCGGGGAUUUUCCGUGUCGGUUGCCCGGUGCUCCGCACACCCUGUGCCUUUGAACCAGCAGCGGAGGAGGAGGAGGGGAGCACCAGAGAGGAAGGAGGACCAUGGAGGGGAUGCAGGCAUACGGAGCAGGGAAAGCUGGAGGAGCCUUCGACCCCGUCACCUUCUUCCAGCAGCCUCAGACUAUUCUCCGCAUAGUAUCCUGGCUCUUCUCCAUCGUUAUCUUUGGCUGCAUCGCCAACGAGGGCUACAUCAACGGCCCCCAUGACGUUGAAGAGUACUGCAUCUUCAACCGCAACCAGAAUGCCUGUAACUACGGCGUCUUCAUGGGCUCUAUGGCCUUCCUCUGCUGCAUGGCCUUCCUAGCUCUGGACGUCUAUUUCCCUCAGAUCAGCAGCGUCAAAGACCGAAAGAAGGCGGUGCUGGCUGAUGUUGGGUUAUCAGCGUUCUGGUCCUUCAUGUGGUUUGUGGGUUUCUGUUUCCUGGCAAACCAGUGGCAGAAUACCAAUCAUGAGGAUAACCCACUAAGGGAGGGAGGGGACGCUGCCCGGGCAGCCAUCACCUUCUCCUUCUUCUCCAUCUUCACCUGGGCGGGUCAGUCCUUCCUGGCCUUCCAGAGGUACAAGCUAGGGGCCGACUCAGCCCUCUUCUCCCAGGACUACACAGACCCGAGCCAGGACGCAGCCGGAGCACCUUACACCGCCUUUGGAGGGGACGACGUGGAGAGCCCAGGGGGAGGAGGGGGCCAGGCUAACAGUGACGGAGCAUUUGACGGGAGCGGCGGAUACCAACGUCAGGAUUACUGAGUUAUUGAGGGGGGUAUUCAGGGUGAAGUUGCCCUUAGUUUCCAAUUUAGGGUGGGUUACAGGGCAGUUUGAAUUGCUCUAAAAAAGCAUUGGUUCAUUUUUAUAGCACCAAAACAACAGCAGUGAUCCAGUGUUAGAUGGGACAUGAUAGGAUCCGUGAGCAAGAAAAGAGGGACCACUGGCAGAAAAUGAAAUGAAAUAUACACAUUUAUUUAAACUUAUAUACAGCCAUUUAAAGAUAAGAAUCUUUGCCCUUCAUUAUCUCAGAAAUAACUUUAAUAUAGAAAUAGCAGGUCCUUUCCAACCUGAAGAGCAAGCAAAUCACCGAGAGCAGGCUUUUUUGCUUCUUCUUGUUUUGUCUAAAGCAGUUAUUCUCAACUGGUCAAGCCAUAAGACCCUAGCAAGUAUCCUAAAGUUUGGACCCUAAAUAAAGCAAAACAACUGAUAAAAAGAUACUGGGCAAGAUUUCAAGAAGGCAUGCAUGCAAACAAAGAAGAUCUUAAAAAAAUGUCGACAUCAUGGGAAAACAGGCUUUUCUUGAAGGUAAUUUUACACAAAAUAACAGGAUAAAUAAGUAAAAAUCAAAGAAAGCAACUGGAAGUUACUCAAUUUGCAGCAAAACAGAGUAGAACAAUAUAAAUGGAAACAUGCCUGCCAAGAACUUCUGUACAUCCUACAUACUUUACCAGAAUUUUUUCAAGGCACUAAUUCUUGACCUACUGAAAACAGCUGACUUUUGAGUCCUGACCCACCAGCUGAGAACCACUGGUCGCAGAGUUUUUCUUUGGAUUGUUAAAGCAGGCAUUAGAGUAAGGAACAUUAUAGAUUAGUAAAGAACCAAGAAAAAAGGAGAUGACAAGGAACCAGGAGUGUCUGAUAGGAGGAUUUCCUAGAUUUUUUCACUUUUCUCAUUUAACAGAGUUAGCUAGCUUGUUUUGCAAAGUGGAUAUUAGUAAUGUAAUAAGGUGAAUAUUUCUUUAUCUAGCUGAAUUUGUAAUUAGAUCAUGGUUGAUCGACUUGUCCAAAGUAGACAAAAUGCUCAGAAAACAGUAUAAUUCUUCACAGGGUCAUUAUGUCAAUGGGUUUAUGAUGUGAGGCUGGUAUGCUGAGUAGAGUGUGGCUAAAGUUAGCAGCUAGCUUUGCCAGCCUUUGUUCCUAUUAGCAGAUUAACAUCAUGCUUAAUAUGGUCACUCAUCACUUUUGUUGAGUGGUUGUACAUAAGCAUAACCCUCAACAUGCUAACCGCUAAGCUUCUCAUGUCACUGUCUGGCAGAGAGCUGGUGAAGAGUUCCACAGCGGCCACUAGUGGCGGGAGGCUUUAUUGCAAUUUUAUAAAAUGCUGAGUUUGGUCAUGUAUUUUUUAAAGAUAGGUAGGUAGUUUAACUGUCGCUGACUAAUUUGAUGUCUGAAGUUAACCGUUUAUCCAGCUUACCACUAGCAUCUGACGUUGAGACAGUUGUGCAUUAACCAGUCUAAAUUUAAAAUGCGCUCUGAGUUGUGCCAACACAGAGACAAAACUAUUUGGCUCCAAGUCAUAGUGCCAGACUAACUGGCUUCUUUCUUCUGACUACUCCUAAAAGAACCAGUGGAAUCUAAAAGAAGCAGUAGUAAUGGGAUAGCAACAUUCACCCUGAUGAAAAUCGCUGUGCUAUUAAAUCGACCCUAAAGCUACUAUUUAAGGUAUAAAAGUCAUAUAUUGUUGCUUUAAGGGGAGUCACUUGGACACUAGUUCAUUAUAGUAUAGCUUAAAGCCAUCGGAAAUCUGUCAUUGAUUGCACAAAACUUUUUGCUGAUAACAUUCAAACCCCCAUAGAAUAAAACCAGUACCAAAAAGUGACGUAUAUAUUUAAAAUGUGUAGGAGAAGAAUGCAGCAAGAUCAAUUUGGGUAAAUAAAUAAAUUUUGUAAACAAACAUCACACUGUAACAUUGCAAAGUUGUUUUGCAGAGUGUGGCUAACAUUAGCAGCACUAGCACCGCCGGUUUUCCGUCCUCUUUGCAGGUUAACGUCCUGAAUAUCAUCCCACAGUACCAGAUUAUAACCUGACACAGCCUCUGGACAGCUUUGUUCCUUUUUGUAGGUCAAAAUCGUGCUAAAGCGUGCUGUUCCUGUUGGUGUUAGAGCAGUUACUGGGUGUUUGGAUUGAGUAAAGAGCGUUGUUGCAGCAAGGCAGUAGUCAUUAAGAGCAACCAUAGAGGCUACUAGCUGCUGGGAGAUUGUUGGUUGAAACUGAUUUUAAAAAAGUCUAUAAUUACUUUAAACGACUUGUAAUUCUUGUGCAAGCUACAAAGAGAUCAGAAAUAACUGUUUUUGAUCAGCUAUUUACUUGCAGUACUAGAGAAACACUGUUGUUUUGGUGCUAUAUUGACCCAACUUGGGUCACAUUUGAUCAAAUGGUUUUUAGUACAUGUGGUGAUGUUAGUGGAAAGUUAUGGGGCUGUAACCAUGUAGGUCAAUGGGCAGAGUUUAUCUCCAUCAGGGAAAUUUUGGGCAACUUUUCCCAUUUUUGGGUGGCUGAGGUAGCAGUAAGGUUGGAGAAAAGAUGUCAGUAAUCUUUGACUUUGCAGGGAAUUAACUGCAAGUGUUCAGGAAAUCCACCAGAGGGCACAGUGGGAUUUCAAAGUGAAUGUGGGUGGUUAGAGAUGUGAAACAAAAACCCGGGUGGGAAGCAUUCAAAGGUCAAGGGGUUGCAGAGACGGUCACCCUGUAGCAGAUCAAUGCUCGUGACCGCAUUGCCUUCAUCUUCUGACGUCUGCUGUCUGUCAGCAAAACGACUAAGAUCAGUGUUAACUCAAACACACACUCGAUAAAAAAACACACACAGGGAGGCAGACGUUCGCAAGGUAUCGAUUCUGAACACAAGUUUUUGCUGACUUAACUCCUCAGAGGUGCAUUACAGGAUCUCAGCAUAGACAAACAAGCGACAGUGGCAUAUCUGGCAACUAAUCCCCUCAACUGUAACUCUGGUGUGUUUGCGUGAAAGGUUUUCUUUAAUGAUGCGUGGAUGCAGGAUUGUGUGUGUUUUCUCGUUUCCCUGAAUAAGCCACUUUUUCUUUACUCGAUGUUGCCUUAGUGCUGACUGCCAAGCGAAAUCCAACAAACAUGGGGCAACACAAACCCACCGACAUGCACACAAUCACCAUUUCUUUUUCAACAUCUUCAGAGCAGAAGCACCACUUUAAAUAUUGCUGUGCUUUUAUUCUUAAGAUCUAGAAACACUGAACAAAACUAACAUUUUCAUACAGACACAGCCUCCAUUUUGACUCAAAGAUAACCGUUUCCUAUCAGCAGGCUUUUAAAGACAACCUAGAACUGCUGAUGAUUUAUCUUUUCACUGUAUUUUAAAUCUGCAGAUGAGGCAACCACCAACAUCCUGAGUAUUUAUGAACAUGCAUUGCUCCAUUUUCUUAAAGAGUAAAGUAUAUCUAUCUCUCUAUAAAUAUGUGUAAAUCUAUAAUUCAGUAUAUUAGAGUGUUUGAGGAAAAGAUUCUGCUUUAUUUUAGGGCAUUACGCUAGUUCUGUAUAAAAAAGAAAAGGCAUAAGAAAGAAGAUCUAUGUUCUGUUGAGUGUUAUUGUGAUAAGAUAUAUACAGUGAGGUCAUCCAUGCCUCCUUUAUUUUGCUUUCAGGGUACGGAGAUGUUUUUAUUUUGGGAUAAUAAUACUAACUAUAAAAAAUACAGCAACAAAAAAUGUGACCAAAUUAUCAAAGUAUAUAUGCACAUAUAUACUUUAUACUGUACAAGCGUGUAGACGUAGAUAUGUGUGAUGUUCCUUUGUGAAAUCUGUUAAAAAAGAAAGGUCAGAGUUAAGAAAAGAUUGUGUACAAAUGUAUGUUUUUGAU